AUGACACAAGAAUUUGAAGCAUUGUAUGCAAAUAACACUUGGGAACUGGUCCCCUUACCCAAAGGAAAUAAUGUUAUUGGUUGUAAAUGGGUCUACAAAAUCAAACACAAGGCAGAUGGUAGUGUGGAGAGGUUCAAGGCAAGGCUAGUGGUUAAGGGGUACACUCAACAAGCUGGAAUAGACUAUCAUGAGACCUUUUCUCAUGUGGUCAAGAUGACCACUGUUAGGACUCUCAUAACCUUGGCUGUUAAGAGGAGGUGGAGUCUUUAUCAAUUGGAUGUCAAUAAUGCUUUCCUUCAUGGUGAUUUGAAUGAGGAAAUGUAUAUGACAUUGCCACAAGGUCUUACAGUGAAUAGUCAAAAUAUGGUGUGCAGAUUGAUGAAAUCAUUGUAUGGCUUGAAGCAGGCCAGUAGACAAUGGUAUGACAAAUUGGACAACAGUCUUUGUUCAAGAGGGCACAUUACAAAGGAGUACUUAAAGGAAGUUUGGCAACUUAAGGUAAAAAUAUUUAGUGCAAUAUCAGAAGGAUUAGGGCUUGAUCCAGAUUACAUAGAGAGUUCACUUGGAGUUGAAGGGACUCAAAUAAUAGCUGCAAAUUAUUAUCCAGCAUGUCCUGAGCCUAACAAGACAUUGGGACUUGCUCCACAUUCAGAUCAUGGUGGUCUCGCUAUUUUAAUGGACAAUGGCAUUCCUGGCUUGCAAAUUAAACACAAUCAAACAUGGUACUCUGUCCCCCAUGUCCCUGGCACUUUCAUUGUCAAUCUAGGAGAUUAUUUGGAGGUAUUGAGCAAUGGGAAAUACAAGAGCGUAGAGCAUCGAGCAGUAGUCAAUGCGGAGGCGGCUCGGAUCUCUAUAGCAGUGGGUCAUGGCCCAAAAAUGGACGCAAUAGUUCAACCUGCAAGCCCACUUAUCAAAGAAAAGAGUGAAAGCAAGUAUCGGCCUAUUGUUUACAAGGAUUAUAUUAGAGACCAACAAAGCACUAUUAAGAGAGGGAAAAGUGCCUUGCAUGAGAUAAUGAACAACAAUAUAUAG